GGACACCUCUAUUAGACGGACACCUCCCUUGGGCGGACAUUUUUUCAUGCACCAAGUUUUAAGUACAAUUUUCAGAACAAAUCGCCCUCCCUUAGGCGGACACUCUCUUGGCCGGACGCGGACAGUUCAUUGCUACAAAGUUGGACGAAACCCCUCUACUAAGCGGACACGAAGCUCUUAUCGACGGACAUUGACUUCUGUUUUCAUAACAAAUCAAUCAAAAACCUCUCUUGGGCGGACGCGAACCCCUCGUAAGCGGACAAAAUAUGAGAAUGUGUGUAUGGCGUAUGUAUAAAUAACAGAUUAUAACAAAUGGAAAAAGGGGACUCCCCGAAUUCAAUUAGGCUGUUCACGGUAAGGUGGUUAUCCUUUUUUUUUGCGCAUGCUUAGGUUUUUUGUUCAGUGAAUUGCGUUUAGUGAUUGUGUAAACAUUUGUGUACAUAAUGCGUAAGAUGGCGAGGUCAAACCUGAGUUUAAAAGAAAAAAUUGAAUUAAUCAACGUUAGUGAGGAAAACAAUUUGUCUGUCCGCGCAUUGGCCGAAAGGUUCAAAAUUGGAAAAACGCAGGCUGCGCUGGUUAUUAAAAAUAAAGAAGAAAUUCGAACAAAAUGGAUGUCUGGGAGCAAUGUCGAAUCAAAAAGGUCAUUCAUGAAAAUCGAUGGAAAAAAAGUUGAUGAAAUGUGUUUAGACUGGUUCAAUAAGGCACGAAGCCAAAACAUUCCAAUAUCUGGACCAAUAAUCCAAGAAAAGGCAAGAGAAAUUGCCCGAAAGCUGGGGAUUAAAGAUUUUGUGGCUUCUAACGGUUGGCUACAAAAAUGGCGAAGCCGUCAUAAUAUAACAUUCAAAUACAUUUGUGGUGAAAGUGCUGCUGUUGAUAUGCAAGAUGUGCAGCAAUUUUUAGAUAAACUACCAUCAUUUCUGAUUGGUUAUAGCCCUAGGGAUGUCUACAAUGCGGACGAGACAGGCCUUUUUUUCAGAGCUUUGCCAAACAAAACAUUGGCUCUUAAAAAUGAAGUAUGCCGUGGAGGUAAACUAUCGAAAGAAAGGUUGACUGUCUUGCUUUGUGCAAAUAUGGCAGGGGAAAAAGAAAAACCCCUUGUCAUAGGGAAAGCUGCACGACCGAGAGCGUUUGCAUCAAUAGAUUUAAAAAAGCUUCCAGUAAAUUGGCAGUCCAAUAAGAAAGCAUGGAUGACGCGUGAAGUGAUGACACAGUGGUUGAAAGAAAUCGACAAAAAAAUGGAGUUGGAAAACAGAAAAGUACUUUUGUUUUUAGACAACGCAGCAUCCCACCCUCGAGAUAUAAGUUUGAAAAAUGUUAAAAUACUAUUUCUGCCUAGUAACACCACUUCAGUUUGCCAGCCUUUGGAUCAAGGAAUUAUUCAAAAUUUUAAAAUUCACUACCGAAACUCUCAGGUUAAAAAUAUUUUGGUAAGCAUUGAGACUGGUUCGCCAAAAAAAAAUAUAAACGUUUUAGAGGCAAUACAUUUCAUAAAAGAAGCCUGGACAAAUGUUCAACCGCAAACCAUAAAAAAUUGCUUCCAAAAGGCAGGAUUUGACAAAAAUAGAAAUCUGGCUCCUGAAUUCGAUCCCGAAGAUGACUUGCCGUUAUCAACGCUGGCUUCGAUUUUUGAAUUAUCAAAAGCCCUUGGAGAGUGUACUCAUUCAAAUCCGGAUGACUUUGCCCAAAUAGAUAAUAAUGCAUGGACCGAAAGCUCAGACUUCGAGUUAGACGUUAUAAUUGACGAAACCAUAGAAACUAUUGACGAUAAUAGUACUGAUAACGAGAGUACUACCGAAGAAAGAAAUGAAAUUUUCUCAAACGAAACCGCAUUGACUGCCGUUUCAAAUUUAAAAAGAUUUUGUAGCGACGACCUUAUUGCAUUCGGAUUGUUGCAAAAUUUGGAAAGCCAUCUGCAAAACAAUUUUCUUUUAAAAAAGCAAAAAAACUUAAGCCAGUCUACAAUUACCCAGUUUUUCAAGCAAUGAAUUUAAUAUUUAUAUUUUUUAUAUAUUACAACAUGAAAUUUAUAUGAAUUUUUGAAGUACAUAAUACAUACAUAAAUUCCUGUUUGAACAAUGUUA